UUCGUGAACACACCCUGGGAGAACGGUCCAGUCAGCUGAACUCAGACCAAAACAAACUCAGAGCAAAAAUAUUUAUCCCCGACGCCAGACCUUAACACAGAUCGUUUCUAAAUGCCUGGGCGAUUAAACAAGAGGUGCGAGGAGGAGUAAUUUACCCACUUGCUUAAAGACGUAACUGGGCUUGUAGUGGUUGCUUAAAGUAGCUGUUGGCAAAGAUGCUAACGUUACAGUAGCUAACAGAAGCCGUUAGCUAACGGUAACGUUAUGCUAGGCGACCCAGCAACUGCAUAUGGGAGUAGAAGCUGCUGCUUCUGUUUUCUUCUAUCUAAGAGUGGCUUACCAGCUGGCUUAGUUAGGUAGUUAGUUAGUAAGGUGGGCUAACUAACAGAAACUGAUAACUGAAAUUUUGCGUUGCUUUUCUGCGUCGAAUAACAACUCAAGUAUGGGGAUGUGCUUACCGUGCCUUGGUGGAGCAGCGGACGACGUUGUUGUCACUCCAGAUCCCGAGACAAGAAGACGACAAUUAGCUGAGGCCGCCGAGAAGAGACAAAAAGAGACAACAUACAGGGGUGUCAAAAAUCCAGAAGCAGUCGAGAGGAAAAGGAAAAAACAGGAGGAGAUUGAGAAGCAGGCGAUGAGCUCCUCUGUGUCGGGUGGCGGUGGGCUGAAGUGGCAGGUGGGCUGAAACUCUCAACGGUGAAACCUGAAGUCUUGACCUUGGAGGCUGAAAGAAUAAGUAUCGCUGCAAGAUGACUUGAAAGGUGUUUGAACUACUGUCCACUUUUAAGAUUAAUUUCUUUGCCUCUUUUACAAUGUUAUGAGACAAACAGCUACAGUUGUCAUGCUCCAUGCAAAACAAUCUGAAGUGCUUACAGACAGAACAGCAGGUGAUACCCCCUUGUUGCCAAUUUAUACAAGCUGGUUUGGACCUUUGGAGUCAGGGAUGACGCAUCGCAUACACAUCUAGUGUAUUACACGAUUGAUUAGACAGUCUUACAGUGCUUAACAGUAGCUAACACAAAAGACCUUUACUUCUAUUGUCAUGUUAAAACUAAGCUAUUCUCAACACAAAAUUUUUUCACUUCAGCGUUUUUGCUUUUCAUCAACAAGGAACGACUGUACAUCCACAUCCAUCACCUGUAUUUUUGCUUUUUUUGUAUGACAGCUCCAACAAUCCGUUAUUAAAAUGAUGCAUUUCACAUCUCAAACAAUUUAUGUUUACAAAGAAACGUAAGUGUGCUUAUUGCAGGGUUCGUCUACCGUAAUAAGCAACCGGGUAACACUAACUUCACCUCGUUUUUGGCUCCAUUUGUUGGUGACACAAAGACUGGUGCAAACAAGUGCCAUAACUUGUUGGUUUGUACUGAACUCGUCAUGCACUUUGCUUGUCCCUGGGGUAUUUUUGAGAGAGGAUCUCACAUGGGAGUCCCUUUUUAUAAUGAGGGAGGCAACGUGAGGUGUCAAUGUUGAAAAUAUGUUUCACAAUCUGUCACCAUGGUGAGUGAAACAAAGAGAAUAUGUAAAACACUAAAGCCAGUCAAAAUGAAAAGGAUUUCCCCUGUGUUCAUGGCCUAUAGCACUCUGCUCUGGUCUCUGCUGUUGCUCAUCUAAUAGAGCCUUCUCUGUCUUGUUUCAUUAUCUGCACACAUAGUUUAUUGCAUUGAAUUAUAAUGUAUACAAACAUUGACGUGAUGCCUGCUUUAUUUAAAUGAGACAUGGAAUGUGUUUGUGUAUUGCCAUAUGACAAACAGAAGCUUUCAAUAGACAUCUAUUUGUCUACUUGCACAGUUUGUCAUAAUUUGGUGAAAAGCAAAUAUGCUUGCCCACUCUGUUGGGAGAGAAUCAUGUCAUUUACUGUAGUACCAGGGGGGAAAAUGAGGGAAAAGAAUAAGUGAAGUGUGUACAAUAUGUGAUGAAGUAUUUACUUUGACUUGCUUGAAUUGAGUGCAUUUAUUACAGCCUUCACUUGAUCCUUAAAUGCUUCCGGUGCUCUUGACAUUUUGUAGAACAGGAAAUCCAGCCAAUGUUAUUUGCUACAAUAAAACACAUUUCUGCUACUCUU